AUGACAAGACCCGAGAUUAUUCGUGCCGACACGAUCGACCUCCAAGGCCGCGGCGCGCACUCUACCCAAGGCUACCAUAGCUCGACAUACAACCACGGAUCCCUGGCUCCGCACCAGGCUGAGACCCUUCGUGAAGUUGCGGCGGAGACGGCUGAGGAAUCGAUUCAUAGCCCCCGAGUCUCUUGGUCCGGAGGCGAGACUGGUGGCCUCCAUCACUACGCUGACGAUCACGAUCACGAAACAGGCAUUGGCCAGGCUCACGACAACCUACAAAGCCAGCUCUAUAACGGCGGUGGAAACAAUAUGGCUUCCCGCUCGCACCAGGAUCCCUUGGCCGUUGCGCAGAAUGGCGGGCAUUCCGACUUUGACGAAGACGUCGACGACGAUAACGAGAUUGAUGACGACGAUGACGGAAUGGACAAGAUCUCCAGCUCGCCUUCGAUAGAAGACGGUGGGUCUUCCUUUACUCUUCCACCCCUGCCGUCACACAGUUGCGACGGCCUUACCCUCCCCCGAGGCUCACCCGAAAGUUCGUCGGCUUCGUCUCCAGUCAGCGACGUGAGGUCUUCCUCUCCGUACCUCGACCGUCCUGAUUACUUACCUCCUGGUCAUUCGACCCGAGCCAUGGGCGAGAAUUCCCCCAACACUCUUCGUCGCCAUCAUCAUCAUGAGGGUAAGUAUGGGAACUUCGACCUAACGGAUGGUCCGACGCCAGGAGCCGAAGCGCACGCCUUUCUAGAGGAGGAGACGGAUCUAAGCCGCAAAGAGACAACGACCGAGCCGCAAGAUGAGGACUAG